GCAUAGCAAAGCAAAAGAUAUUUACUCAGGUUUUUCGCGGCUGUGAGCAAAAGCUCCUUCCUCUCACAAUAUUAAUCCGAAGCUUCUCUGGCGAAUUUCAAGGAAGAUUUUUAGAUUUUUUUUUUUUUUUUUUUAAGCUACCGUCUUCUUCUUCUUCUUCAGCUGAAGAGGAUGAGGUAAAGUUUGAAUCUUUUUGUUCUCUGCAACUUGAAAGUGUUAAACCCUAUUUCACUUUGACUUUUGCUUUCUAGCUUAGCUCUGUGAAAUUGUGAGGAUUUAGCCGUGUGCUUUUGGCUUUUGGUAGAGUUCAUGAAAAUGGGUGAAGUUGUGGUUAGUGAGGAUAUGGAGACUGUGAAGAACGAGAAGAACAUGGAGGAAGAAGAGAGUGGUGGUGGUGGUGGUGGUGGUAGUGGCUCUGCAGAGGUGGUGAGCUGGGGGAGCUAUCUGCCGAAAAUGGUGCUCAGGGUUCUUCUGGUUGAAGCCGAUGAUUCGACGCGUCAGAUCAUAUCUGCGCUACUUCGAAAAUGCAAUUACAGAGUUGUUGCUGUUGGUGAUGGAUUAAAGGCAUGGGAGGUCAUAAAGGGGAAACAUCAUAAGAUAGAUCUUAUAUUAACUGAAGCAGAGCUACCGUCAAUAUCCGGAUUUGCGCUCCUUACUUUAAUCAUGGAGCAUGACAUGUGCAAGAACAUCCCUGUGAUAAUGAUGUCCUCUCAGGAUGCUAUUAGCACGGUUUUGAAAUGCAUGCUAAAAGGUGCAGCUGACUAUCUCAUUAAGCCUGUCAGGAGGAAUGAGUUGAGGAACCUUUGGCAGCAUGUUUGGAGAAGGCAAACUAUUGGUGCACAAGCUCCUCAAAACUCAACUGUUCCACAGCAUAAAGCUGAAGCCACUUCUGAGAAUAAUGGAGCAAGUAAACAUUCAAAUGAUUAUGCAGUUUCUAUGCGAGGAAAUACGGAAUGCAGUGAGAAAGGAAGUGAAGCCCAAGAUAUUUCACAACUAAAGUAUGGGAGUGCUUCUAAUUUGAGCAAUACAGAUAUGGAAAGGCUUGAAGAGUGCGCUAGGCUAGCGAAGGAAUCUGUUAUGCAUGAGAGUGAAGCAAAAGAGAAGUCGGGUACAUUUGGAUCAGAUGAAGCACCUUUGAAUGGUCAUACCUCAACUGCUAUAAGACUGAGAGAGGACCAUGCUUCUGCUAUAAAAAUGGUUGAAGGUGAAGGUAUCCUACCAGAAAGUUACAAAGGAAAUGCUAACAUCUCUAGUGAAACUCACAGCUGCUCUUAUGAACUGGAUGAACCAUCCAGUGGAGCUAUUGACUUCAUUGGCACCUUUGACAAUCCACCCAAGUGCACUGUUGGACACCCUAAGAGUAGAGAGGAUGGUACAAAGCACAUGGGAUGUGCUCCACAAUUGGAACUUUCUUUGAGAAGUGGUCUGGGUAGUUCAAACAAGCAAGCGAGUGACGAAAGGCCUUUGCUGAACCAUUCUGAUGCUUCUGCCUUUUCAUGGUAUAAUAAUAGCAAGACAGUGCAAUCCCUUUUCCCAACAUUUCCCAGUACUAAAUCAGAGGUUGCAAGUAAAUCCCAUGAUAGCCAAGAAAUGUCUACCUUGGUAUCUUGUCAAACUGCCCAAGCUGAUAUAUCUUUUCCAGGUCCUCAACUUGGGAUGAUUGGGGUAAGGUCUGAUAAUAUUUGUGCUGGAUACGAUCAUUCUUUCCCAUCCUUGUUUGUUAGACAAUCAGAUUUAACCCCGACAUGGAGUACCAAAUCAGUUUGCCAUGGAGCACAGUCCUUCCCUGUGAAUACUUCAAAUCAUUCAAAUCCCGAAAUUCAGCACUCAGAACAAGAAUGUCACCUGUCUGAUAAAACUACCUAUAAAUCUUUUGACCAAACCGUGCAUAAACAGAACAAACUGGAGCGCAUGGAGGAAUCUAGACCUGGCUCUCCUGCUACUGGGCAGAGUGCUUGUAGUAGUUUGGGCAAUGCAGUUGGCAAUAAUAUUGGUAGCGGCGCAUAUGGAAGCAAUUGUACUAGCAAUGAUGGAGAUGCCUUGGCUGUGGCUAGUGAGAUUACCGUGGCUUCUGAGAGCUUGAAUGGCAGUGGUCACUAUGUUCAUGAGGGACUUGGAGGAGCUGAUUCUCUUCGUUCCAGCCAAAGGGAAGCAGCUCUGACUAAGUUCCGACUGAAGCGGAAAGAUCGAUGCUUUGAGAAGAAGGUCCGAUACCAAAGCCGGAAACUACUGGCAGAGCAGCGGCCCAGGGUGAAAGGUCAGUUUGUGCAUCGGGCGCAGACUGAUUCUCCAACUGCAGAUGCUGCUGUUGAGUUAUAACACUGAGUUCUGGCGCCUUCCACUGAACAUGGGUUUAGUUUAAAGCGAAGAAUCUUUGGUUUGUGUGGUGCAGGAUUCCUUCUAUAUUCUUGAAGCUUUUGUAAAGAAGCACAGAAUGAUGCAGUGAAUGCUGAAGACUACAAUUUGCAGGUUUCUUUGGCAUCAUUGCCAUUGGGUUUUUGUUUUAGUUUGGGAUUAGAAAAGAGGUAGUGCUGUAAUUAGGUAUCGGUUUUAUCUCUACAUAGUAUGCUUCGUAAUGCAUGCACCUCAUAUAAGUGAUUGUAGUUAGAGAGGUUUAAUGCUCUAUAAUAUAUAUAUAUAUAUAUAUAUUUUUUUUUUUUUGGUCGAAUGGUAUAAUAAUUUGCAUCAAAAUGUUGUUUUGCCUGUUGGA